CGAGUCAACACGACCCAACGAGGUCGAGGCCCACGAUGAAUGGAACGAAGCAGCAGGAUGGGUCUCGGCCGGGAUCUUAGCGAGUCUCAACUGUUUGACAUGCCCGAACACCACGCGGGUUUGUGGACGGAAGACAGAACCGGGGGUCGCCGACCGGUGUACUUGAUGACGGAGCGAAAGGUGUGCGCUGCUUACCAACACCACCUACUCGUACGGAGUACAGCCGACAACCAUGGGACCAAGCGAGGCGGGCCUGAGUCAACGGGGCCCGCAUACGCACCCGAACGAUCGGGCGAUGGCAGGGACACAAUGAAUACAAACCACGUCGACGGUAUUACAUGUCAAGCGAAGUCAUUGGAGCGGCUGCGGGAGGAGCAUGGCAGUUCGAACAUGCCGGGAGUAGGCCACCGAAACAUGGGCACCAUUGCAGCUUCCUCCCAGCGAAAAGAUGUCGGGGCUUUGUACUGUGGCGGGAUGGGGACCGACGUGACGGCGGUCAAACCCGGGGACCCCGUGGAGUCAGGAUGUCACAGAAUCUCUCGAAGGAUCAGAUACGAUGUCAAGGACGGACGAGUAUGCCCUACCAAGACCAAGGGUAUGUACAUGAAUUUGCGGUGCUCAAUCAAGCAAAGUGAUGCCUCAUACCGGGACCAAUUGUCGAGCGGCCCGGUGGCAGGGCAGAUUUCAAGGAUGUGGAUGUAUCUCCCCAAGGGGGAACCCGCACUACAACGUACGGAACGGCAUUGGGCCGAUUUCCCGUCAGGUUUGGAUAAAAAUCUGUCCACGUCCGCAUCCGUCUCGACGCCAGCAGGACGCCGCCAGAUAAGCAUGUGGAGACCGCAACGCUAUUUCCACGUCGGCACUGGUUUUGCGUCCUUCCACCGUCAUUCAGCCCAGCAUGGCCAUACGUUGUGCCUGCCCAUCAACGUGGGAGAGGGCUGGAUAAUUCCAAGGCCACGACUUGUUACAUUUGACUCCAGAAGCUGCAGCACAUGGAGCUCGGUGACGCCGGCUUUCGCUGACUCGAGUCAAAUGAGACAAAGAGAAGGGCAUGGUAUGGUGGUGAUGGUGGUCUGGUCAACCUCCCCCAAUUUCCCUCGCAAUGAGUAGGGGUG